AUGUGUAACGACGACGAUGAUGUUUUAAGCAUAAAUAAUUGGGCAUUCAAUUUAAAUACGAGGUAUAAUAUAAUUUUUCGUCCGAAUCGUUACAAUAUUCGAGUGCAACAUCAUGCCUUGGGAAUAUUGGAUGCCGAUAAGCUUGCGUACAUCUUUCCAACCAAAGACGUGAAUAACCCGAAGCCAAUCGAAGAUACGAGUUUGGAAAUUAUCAAUAAGCAGAUUUGUACUAAUCCCGAACAGUUGCAAGCCGUGAAGCGAAUUGUGGCCGGUCCAAAUCGUUAUGCACCAUAUAUAGUGGUGGGACCACCAGGCACUGGUAAAACAACAACGAUUGUCGAAGCCAUUUUACAGCUUUACAUACGCCAACCCACAUGUCGCAUCUUAAUUACAGCUGGCUCAAAUUCGGCUUGCGAUACAGUUGCGCUAAAAAUAUGUGAAUAUUUUGAGAAUCAUUCAAAGCUUAUUGAAUUAUCACGCGAGCGUAAUGGACAAAAGGGCCUAUAUGGCAAAUUCAAAAAACCUAAAAAUAUAUUGCGCGUUUUCGCGAAAUCAUGUAGCGAUAGAGAUGAUUUGCUUAAGAAAUAUGCAAAUUUUAUUAGACGCGAAAUUGUAACGCCCUCGGUGGAAGUACUUCAGAAAUACAACAUUAUUGUGGUAACACUCUGCACUAUGGGGCGAUUGCGUAGCGGCAUCAUCGGCGAUUGGCCAUUUACACAUAUUUUCAUAGACGAGGCGGGCGCCAUUACGGAACCGGAAACACUGGUGGCCAUAACGAGUGCCAAUACGAAAAAUUGUCGCGUAAUAAUGUCGGGAGAUACAAAGCAAUUGGGGCCGGUGAUCAUGUCACAAGUUGCCGCCGAAUUUGGUCUUAAGCACUCGUUGAUGGAACGCUUGGUCAAACGCGAAUGUUAUGCGGUGAAAGAGGAUGGCACCUAUGAUACCACUCUGCAGACACGUUUACGUCGCAACUAUCGAUCACAUCCGGAAAUAUUGCGUUUGUUUAAUCAUUUGUACUACAAAGACGAGCUGAUUGCAGAAGUGAAAAAAGAUGGACUAUUAAGAUGGAAUGAGUUCGAUAUGCUCAAAAAUAAAGGCUUCCCCAUUAUUUUCGAAGCUGUGCGUGGCCAACUAGGCAAAUCAAAGUCAUCGCAAAGCUCUUACAAUCAAGCUGAAGUGGAUAAAGUUAUUUGUGUUACCAAAAAAUUGCUAGAACAUGUGGAUUUUAAGAAAAUCGGCAUUAUUUCACCAUAUAAAUUACAGUGUACUAAAAUUAGGGGAGAAUUGCGUAAAUGCAAUUUGGAAGACAUCGAUGUGGGUACAGUUGAAUUAUUUCAAGGGCGCGAAAAACCAAUAAUUAUAGUUUCGUUUGUGAAAUCAAAUUGUAAUUUGGGUUUCGUAACGGAUCCACAGCGUUUAAAUGUAAUAUUGUCUCGAGCUCAAUCGUUGCUUAUAAUGAUCGGAAACCCGGAAACUUUGCAGAGUAAUGACGAUUUUAAGUACCUCAUAGAGGAAUGCAAGCGGAUGCAAACGUUCGGCUAA